AGAAAAAGAUCGGCGGUCCAGGAUUCACGUUAAAAGCCACGAUGCAGCAGGUGGCGAAGCGGUUUGGCGUCGUCUUUGACGUCGAUGGCGUCCUUCUACGUGGCAAGACGCCGAUCGCGGGCGCGACGCGCGUGCUUGAGUCGCUCCGCGACUCGCAGACGCCGUUCGCGAUCAUGACCAACGGCGGCGGCGUCACCGAGGAGAAGAAGGCGGCGCAGCUCUCGGAGAUUCUGGACUUUGAGAUCCACGCGUCGCGCCUCUGCCUCGCCCACACGCCGAUGCGGUCGCUCGUGCCCACGUACCAGGACGAGAUGGUCCUCGCCGUGGGCAAAAAGUGCGACGCGACCAAGGAGGUCAUGCACAACUAUGGCUUUCGCAACGUCGUGACGGUCUCGGACAUCCAUUCGCACUUUCCAUCGAGCUACCCGGACAUUGCCGUGCCCAAGGUCCCGCACCUCGGCAAGUACGACGCGGCCGCGUUCAAGGCAGUCUUUGUGCUCAUGGACCCUAUCUACUGGGGCCGCGAGCUCCAGAUCAUCAUGGACGUGCUCACGUCGCACGAAGGCCAGAUUGGGACGGUCUCGGACGACCAGCAUGUCAACAUGUACUCGGCGUGCUCGGACUUUCAGUACGUCGGCGAGCACCACUUGCCGCGCUUCGGCGCUGGCGCCUUUCGCGCGGUUCUUGAAGACCUCUACACGCGCACGACUGGCGACCACUUGACCCAAACGCUCUUUGGGAAGCCCGAGAAGACGUCGUAUGCGUUCGCCGAGACGCUUUUGCAGUCACAGCUCCGCGCCAACGUCGACGCACUCGACCGCAUCUACAUGGUUGGCGACAACCCGUUCACGGACAUCAAGGGCGCCAACGCCGCCGGCGACCAUUGGAAGUCGGUGUUCACGCGCACGGGCAUGUACACGGCGCCGCGUGGCGUCAACCACCCCGAGCACCCGGGCGAUGCGGUCGUCGAUGACGUGGCGGAAGCGCUGGCGUGGAUCGAGUCGGAUUUCAUGUCCCAGUCGUAGUUGAUCAUCAUCAUCAAUUCGAGUCCUACUGCGAUCGACGCGCUACUUCGAGAGGACGGAC